AUGGCUUCCAAAUCCAAGCUCAUCUGUGUUGCUUUCCUCGUGGUUUUCUGCUUCAUUCUACUGAAGGAAGCUUCUGACUGCAAGAGUGGGCAAUAUGGAUGCAUUACUGAGGCAUCUUAUAAGAGGCACAGCAGAAAGGUUCUUGCUGGUCUGAUGGUGAAGAAUCCAGGUACACUAAUCUCUGGAAACUAUGGAAACAAAGACCAGUUCAAUGAGUGGCAGUUAAGGAGGGUUCCCUCUGGCCCAGACCCAUUACACCACAACGGGAACAACCCCAAGAAGCCCAGAAGCCCAUGA